AUGUACAGCAUCAUCAUCCUUGGCACAUGGUGUGCGGCAGUGUUUGCAGCACCGGUCACACAGAGCUCAGAUACAAAUUCUACAUGGCAGCCAGCGGAAGGAACAAAAACUAUGUGCGACUCGACGUCCGACAAGAUCAUUGGCUUUUAUGUGGGGCCCCAGAUGGAGUCCGUACUCACUGAGGCCUGUGUUGCCAUGAUGCCGCCCUGUGCCCAUCAAGAUCGAGUUGCCAACGAUACCAUGUGCGCUCAGGUCACCGACUGGCGGCUUGAUGGACCAAAGAACAGUACGCAAUCUGCAAAUGUCGAGACGGCAGAAGGCAACAAGAUCAGCGGAUGGGACGUCAAGCUCUCCGUUACACCUGCUACACAACCAGAGACUUCAGCAGGCGUGUUCUGGACUUCGCAAGACUGCUAUGGCUACUUCGCGUACAUGCUGGAGAAGUGGGAGCCUGAGGGAUGUCACACUCAGCAAGGGUUUGGUGUUGGCAACAUCACGGUCGGAGGACAGAGUUCACUGGCAGGCACAGUGUUCAAGGUUGAGAUCGUGGCUGAGCAGUAG